AUGUGCGACCGCAAGGCGGUGAUCAAAAAUGCUGAUAUGAGCGAAGAGAUGCAGCAGGAUGCUGUGGACUGUGCAACGCAGGCGUUAGAGAAGUUCAACAUUGAGAAGGACAUCGCGGCUUUCAUCAAGAAGGAGUUUGAUAAGAAGUACAACCCGACGUGGCACUGCAUCGUGGGACGCAACUUUGGCUCGUACGUGACGCAUGAGACGCGCCACUUCAUCUACUUCUACCUGGGCCAAGUGGCCAUCUUGCUGUUCAAGAGCGGCUAG